GACAUGGUUUUUACCCCGAAAGGCAGACUGGGAUCCCGGUGCCGGCUGUUUUGGUUUCUAUUCCUUAUCACUUGGGAGGCGGGGAGCGGCCAGGUCCAUUACUCUGUCCCCGAGGAGGCCAAACACGGCACCUUCGUUGGCCGUAUCGCUCAGGACCUUGGACUGGAGCUGGCGGAGCUGGUGCCGCGCCUAUUCCGGGUGACAUCCAAAGACCACAGGGAGCUUCUAGAAGUGAAUCUGCAGAACGGCAUUUUGUUCGUGAAUUCUCGGAUCGAUCGUGAGGAGCUGUGCGGACGGAGCGCGGUGUGCAGCAUCCACCUGGAGGUGAUUGUGGACAAGCCGCUGCAGGUUUUCCAUGUGGUCGUGGAAGUGAAGGACAUUAACGACAACCCGCCUGUGUUCCGGGUAAAGGAACAAAGAGUGCGGAUUUACGAAUCUAGGCUGCCAGAGUCUAUAUUUCCACUGGAGGGCGCAUCUGAUGCUGAUGUUGGCUCCAAUUCCAUUUUAACAUAUAAACUCACUUCCAGCGAAUACUUUGUGCUAGAUGUGAAAACAAACAGCGAUGACAAUAAACAGAUAGGACUUGUACUAAGAAAGUCCUUGGACAGAGAGGAAGCACCUGAACACAGCUUAUUCUUGACUGCCACUGAUGGGGGCAAACCUGAGCUUACGGGUUCUGUUCAAUUGCUGGUCGCCGUGCUGGAUGUGAACGAUAAUGCUCCCAGUUUCGAACAGUCUGAAUACGAAGUAAGAAUAUUUGAAAAUGCUGACAACGGAACAGUAGUUAUCAGACUUAAUGCUUCUGAUCUGGAUGAAGGUGUGAACAAGAAAAUUUCGUACUCGUUUAAUAGUCUUGUUUCACCCGAGGUUUUUGCCCGGUUUAGCAUGGACCCAAAUACAGGAGAAAUCAUCAUUCAAGGGAAUUUGGAUUUCGAGCAAAUAAAUUUAUAUAAAAUCCGCGUUGAUGCUACGGACAAAGGUCACCCACCAAUGGCAGGUCAUUGCACCGUUGUGGUGAAAGUUUUGGAUAAAAAUGAUAAUGCCCCUCAGAUUGAAUUAACUUCUGUGUCCUCACCAGUCCGAGAGGAUGCUCAAAUCGGUACAGUCAUUGCCCUAAUCAGAGUGUCCGACCUGGACUCUGGUGCCAAUGGGCAGGUGAUUUGCUUUCUGACGCCACAUGUUCCAUUCAAACUUCAGUCAACAUUCAAAAAUUAUUAUUCUUUGGUGUUAAAUAGUGUCUUGGACCGUGAAAAUAUGUCAGUUUAUGAGCUGAUGGUGACGGCGCGAGACGGGGGAGCUCCUUCUCUAUCGGCCACAGCCAGCUUGUCCGUGGAGGUGGCCGACGUGAACGACAACACGCCCACGUUCCCACAGCCCGAGUACAUGGUGUUUGUGAAGGAGAACAACCCUCCAGGCAGCCACAUCUUCACGGUGUCGGCGCGCGACGCGGACGCGCAGGAGAACGCGCUGGUGUCCUACUCGCUGGUGGAGCGGCGGGUGGGCGAGCGCACACUGUCCAGCUACGUGUCAGUACACGCCGAGAGCGGCAAGGUGUACGCGCUGCAGCCACUGGACCACGAGGAGCUCGAGCUGCUACAAUUCCAGGUGAGCGCGCGCGACGCGGGCUUCCCGCCUCUGGGCAGCAAUGUGACUCUGCAGGUGUUCGUACUGGAUGAGAAUGACAACGCGCCGGCGCUGCUGCCGCUUGGGUCUGGUGGCAGGGGCGAUGCAGUGAGCGAGCUGGUGCCUUGGACGGUGGGCGCGGGUCACGUGGUGGCGAAGGUUCGAGCUGUGGACGCGGACUCGGGUUACAACGCGUGGCUGUCGUAUGAGUUGCAGCCGGCGGCGGGCGGUGCACGCAGCCCGUUUCGCGUGGGUCUGUACACCGGCGAGGUGAGCACGACGCGUGCUCUGGAAGAGACGGAUGCGCCGCGCCAGCGCCUGCUGGUGCUGGUGAAAGACCAUGGAGAACCGCCCAUGGCGGCCACGGCCACAGUACUGGUGUCGCUGGUAGAGAGCGGCCAGGCUCUGAAGACGUCAUCGCUGGCGUCGUUGGGUACCGGGGGCCGGGAGGCAGCGCUGGUGGAUGUCAACGUAUAUCUGAUCAUUGCCAUCUGUGCGGUGUCCAGCUUGUUGGUGAUCACGCUGUUGCUGUACACGGCGCUGCGGUGCUCGGCGCCACCCCCAGAGGGCGCUUGCGGGCCGGGGAAGCCCAUGCUGGUGUGCUCCAGUGCGGUGGGGAGUUGGUCAUACUCACAGCAGAGGAGGCAGAGGGUGUGCUCUGGGGAAGGACCCAAGACUGACCUUAUGGCCUUCAGCCCCAGCCUUCCGCCCUGUCCUGUAGCAGCGGAUGUGGGCGAACAUCAGGAUUUAAAGGAGGAUCGUUGUGCCAGAGUAAGUCUGAAUUUUCAUGAUUAA